AUGGUGAUAAUCUUACAGGGACAUACAGAGGGAUAUGAUAAUAAUGCACAAAUGGUUAUUAUACUUACUAAAGGAAAAAUCUGUAUACAAAUUAUCAAUUGUAUCCCUUCAUUAUCGCUCAAGGAUUUUGCAACUACGGAAAAAAUAAUUCCAGACUAUUCACCCUCGGAGAUCAUUGAUAUUAUUCUCAUUCUUGGAGAAUGUCAUUUAAAUUAUCACGAAGCUUCGCGAGUUUACCGAGAUCGGUAUCCUGAAAGGGAAAGACACCCCAAUCCUGCUUUAAUCCGAAACCUCGAACGAAGAGCUCGUGAAGGUGAUCUCAAACGUAAAAGGAAAGAUCAUGUGUAUGAUGAAAAUGACAAUCGUGUGGUCACGCUCCUGGCAGCAAUUCAUCUCAAUCCUCAUGUUAGUCAACGGAUUUUGGCAAGGGAACUAGGUAUUCCAAGAUCAACAAUUAGGAGGAUUAUGAAGAAACUUAAAUACCAUCCCUACCACAUAACGUUGACACAAGCUCUGAGUCAAAGGGAUAUGCAAUUGCGUAUCCAAUUUUGUCAAUGGGCACAACAAAUGAUCAGAGCUGAACAAAAUUUUUUCAAUUUUGUCAUGUUCUCUGAUGAGUCGACAUUUAAAAAUAAUGGUGAGCUAAAUAGGCAUAAUUGUCACUAUUGGUCAGAUGUUAAUCCCCAUUGGCAUAGACCAAUAGAUAAUCAGAAUCGUUGGAGUAUCAAUGUUUGGUGCGGAAUUGUGAAUGGGUAUUUGAUUGGUCCCUAUUUCUUUGACGGAAAUGUCAACGGGGAAAACUUUCUGGCAUUUCUUAGAGAUGAUUUACCACAAUUACUUGAAAACGUUGACCUGCAAACACGCCAGAGGUUAUGGAUACAACUCGAUGGCGCGCCACCUCACUAUACAAGAUAUGUGAGAGAUUACCUGAAUGAAACGUAUAAUGACAGAUGGAUUGGACGAGGUGGCCCCGUCGCGUGGCCUGCACGAUCUCCUGAUCUGACGUCGCCCGACUUUUUCUUAUGGGGAUACCUGAAAAAUGUCGUGUACGAGCAAACGCCUACAACAAGAGAAAAUAUGAUAGAAAGGAUACGAGAAGCUUGCAGAAGAAUAACGCGCGAUAUGUUACUCAAGACAGUAAGACAUUUCCAAGAUAGGUUGGCAUUAUGUAUCCAAGCCAAUGGAGACAACUUCGAACAAUUGAUUCGAUAAAUCUUUAUUGACUGGAUCAUUCUCGAUUUUGCCUUCGGUGGCGGGAUUCUUCUUGAUCUUACUUUAGUUGACAGAACCAUCAACGAUCUUGCCUUGACUGGCUGGAUCCGUGUUCGUAUCUUGCCUUGACUGGCUGGAUCCGCGUUCGUAUCUUGCCUUGACUGGCUGGAUCAGUGUUCGUAUCUUGCCUUGACUGGCUGGAUCCGCGUUCGUAUCUUGCCUUGACUGGCUGGAUCCGCGUUCGUAUCUUGCCUUGACUGGCUGGAUCCGCGUUCGUAUCUUGCCUUGAUUAGUCGGAGCAUGUAAAAUAAGACUAUCGGAAAGUGAAUAUUUUAAGAGAUAUUUUGUAUUUUUAUCAAAAUGUUACAACUUUCGAGCUUUAUAACUCGAAAAGUACACAAUGAAAAUACAUUUGACUGUAGUGUUUUGGAAAGCUCUCGAGGUCAGCUACAAGAAUAUGUAAUAAAAAAUAGGGGGUUCCAUUUAAAAAAAUUGAGGUGACCUUCACGUGACCCUCAAAUGAUUAUCCAAGGUCAAACCAAUGGCACCAUCUUAUAGCCCCUUCGAAACCAUGCAACACAUGUCUGAACCAUUUUUCGAUAUUUCGCUUAGUUUACGAGAAAAUUGACUGUAUUUUUUAAAAUGGCCCACC